CAGAACCGCAGCAAGGGAUUUUGUAUCCAAGAAACAACUCCCUUACUAUUAUGAGCCUGCCGCCCAUCAAUGCUUCCAUUGCGCCCUCUGCAAUGGACGUCAUCUGCGAAUCUGCCAUGGCUAUAUAGAUUCCGACGAAGGGCCUUUUCCAUCAGCCGAAAAUACUCCUCGAGUCUCACAGAAGCAGCGAGCAGGGAAUCCAGUCAACAUCAAAUCUACCGAUCUCUCUCCAAUGACCCUUUCGUGAACCUCUCAAUUGAGAAUUUUCUACUGGAACACACUCCUCAAGACUCGAAUAUACUAUUCCUGUACAUAAAUCGGCCUUGCGUCGUCAUUGGCCGGAAUCAGAACCCAUGGCUUGAAAUCAAUCUUCAAGCACUGGAUCGUGAGACGCGGAGCAUUGCUGGUGGAUCCAUCAACAAUGCACCGUUUGUGCGGCGGAGAUCCGGAGGUGGCGCUGUAUUCCAUGACAAAGGCAAUCUGAAUUACUGCGUCAUCUGCCCUAAGCCCGUAUUCCAUCGAGACAAGCACGCCGAGAUGGUGGUCAGGGCCCUCCAGCGCGUUGGCGCAGUCAAUACAGCGGUCAAUGAACGGCAUGAUAUUGUUCUGAGGCAGGAUUCGAAAGAGCCGUCUAGGGAAGUUAUCAAAGUUGGAACGGAAGAUGCCCCAAGCCCUCGAAUCGAGAAUACGCCUCACGCCCUCAAAAUCUCGGGUUCCGCCUACAAAUUGACCCGGUUUCGAGCUCUACAUCACGGCACUUGCUUGAUUGACUCCCCCAACCUUGGAAAUAUAAGCUUGUUUCUACGAUCGCCAGCUCGACCUUACCUAAAGGCUAAAGGUGUCGAAAGCGUUAGGUCUCCAGUAGGAAACGUUUCCAGUGCGGUCGAUUCGGCGUUUCUAAUGGACCGGGUGAUUUUCAACAUUUUGGAAGAAUUUGCCCAAUUGUACGGCAUGCAUCCAGAUGCUGUUCUAAAGGCCCAGCGCGCUCACGCAUUUGAUCCAGAGGUGCACAUGGGGCAUAACUGGGCCGUCGGUGGACUUGCUGACAUCAAUGCACUCGACGAGCCCGAAAUAGUUAAAGGCAUCCAGGAACUUCAUUCUUUGGAAUGGAAAUACUGCCAGUCUCCGCAAUUUACCUUUUCAACCCAUCCCACCGAAGAUGACCCCAGACCUAGACCUCCCCUUCCAUCCAACCUCCCUUCCUCAACACGUGUCUUCCUGCGAGUGAAAUCAGGUGCGAUAAUCUCAAGCCAAAUAUCCACCUCAGCAAAUACCAAACAGGCCGACAUCCAAUCCGAGAAGAUCCACCAAGUUCUCGCGAAUAGGAACCUGCAUGAGAUUUCCGAUUGGGCGAGUCUCCUCGCCGGCUCCGGCGCGUUUGAUUCUCAGGAAGUUAUUCAGAACGUGUCCAACUGGCUUGCGAGCAAGCUUGGACACUGAUACAAUUGCAUGUACAUGUACAUUUACUUCGUACAUGCGUGUAUGUAGGCUUGGUAACACCGUUUUGUUGGCCAGCAAGCUGUCAGUGCAUGCGCGCGGAAUUCUGAGUAUUUGGUUACAUCUUCAGAAGUGUGGAUGUGAUGUAUAUUACAACGGUUUGAAAAGGGUGGAGAAAUUUAUAACAGUAUGUUGGUACAUUUGUAUUAUUGAAGCACCUUUGCAGAGAGACUAUAUAGAGUACUAUAGAAUGAAAAAGGACAAUCAUAAAUGUCAGGCUUAACUAUACAUGGCAAGAAGCGAACGUAUGAUGAGAAAACAAGACUCGUUUCUGUAGACUAAAUGAAACAGAAAUCCAAAUCACGCCACAAGGCCAUAUGCCCGCUCAAUGGUAUCAUAAACAUCAUUCCACCCACCAUAUACGUCA